AUGCCUUCACCGAACGAAAUAAACGAAUGUAUGGUAUGCAAAUCUCAAUUGUCAACAAGCGACUCUUAUCGCUGUUCGCAUUGUUUAGGAUUUUAUUGUAGACAAUGUUUGAUAAGACAUCAACAUAAUGAUAUCAAAGUUAAAUGUAUGGAUAUGGCAAACGAAAUUGAUAAAAUUCUAACACGAUUUUUAAAUCAUGCACAUAGUCAAACAGAAUGGACUGGUCAUUUAACAGGAGAUCGAAAUCAAUUGGAAAUUAUUAUUCAUUAUAUAGAAAGCUCUCCGAAAGAUCGCCCGAUUAUUGGUUUACCUAGUUUAAAAUGGAUGAAUCAUGUUGAUAGUUUAAUUUCUAAAAUGUCUUUUGCUAUUCAUGAAAAAUGUAGUACUUUAUUAUAUUCUAAUUUAACACCUUUUAUUCAACUAUGA